GAACAUUCAUUGCCUUAUACACCACAGUUUGCACAAUGCAAAGAUCCCAGCACUGAAUUCUAUGAUGAAAGACUUAAUAAAUGUUGUAGCCAGUGCCCUCCAGGUCAAUAUAAGACAGAGAGCUGCAGUCACAGUGUGGACACAAAGUGCAGUCCCUGUAGACCUAACACAUAUACAGCAAUCUGGAAUCGGUCUCCUCAGUGCUUUCCCUGCUCGCCACCCUGCAGGAAAGGAUUUGUGCAGAAUCAAACCUGCACUAAGUCACAGGACAGAAUCUGUAGCUGCCCACCCAACGAAUACUGCAUUUCAAAAAUAUACGAGUACUGCAAAAUAUGCAAAGUGCAUAAAAAAUGUGGAAAAGGUUACCGAGUUUCCAGAAGAGGAACAGAUAGCACAGAUACAGAAUGUAAACCUUGUCCUCCUGGCACUUUUUCACACGAGGAAUCUUAUGAUACCAGCUGUACACCACAUACAGUUUGUAAAUCAGUGGCUGUUCCUGGAAACAGCAUGAAUGACACUGUUUGCAGUGACUCAGGAACAACAGUUGCCACAGUUCUACCUCACACUAUUUUGAACAUGCUCCUGACACAAAGCUCAGCUUCCAACAAACCUGAAAUAGUAACUCGACCUGUCAUUUUAAACUCUGUACUUGAGGUGUCUCACAUCAUCGGAUCAGUAGCAGGACUAUUGUUAUUGAUCCUGAUAAUCACUAUUUUGGGGUAUUGCCUAGUGUCCAAAAAAAAAGCCAUUGUAUAUUCUCCAUCGACUACAGAAGCAGAUUCGCCUUUAUCCUCUACAGAAAAGCAGUGUGACAAAAAAACAGGAAAUACAGGAUCGCAAAACGCCAGCAGUUCUGAGCAGGAGGAACAGCAUCUCUUGGGAACUUCUCGGUCCAGCAGUAGCUCCCUGAGUAAUCCAACUGGGUCUGCAAGAGUCAAUGUAAUAAGUAACAAGAACUAUGAAAAGAAAGAAACAGGAUUUCAGCAGCACAAUUCAGCUGUAGAAGGUUGUAAGCUUCACAGUGGAGACAGACACAACUCUGCGAGUUCAGAACAUUCUGGUAACGGAGGAACGCAGGUGAAUGUGACUUGUAUUGUUAAAGUAUGUAGUCCAGACUGCAGUUCCCAGUUCCCAGAACAGACUAGUUCAACUAGCAUGGAUUGUGGAGACGCUUCCUAUUCUUCCCCAACAGGGGAAGAAAUUCCUCUUUCAAAACAAGAAAAUCCUUUGAAAAAAGAAACUGAAAUUCAGAUCUUGGUGGAAAAUGAGGACAAUUUACUUCAAGAUGUACUUCCAGAAGAAAAGAAGUUUGGGUGUAUUCAAGAUGCAGCGAUGAAAACCAGUUAA